AUCCCAUCAUCCACUGCACGCUCUCCAGCGUUGAUCCCAUCAUCCACUGCACGCUCUUCAGUGCUGAAACCACCACCUGCUGCAUCCCGUCCACUGUCAAGACCACUGUCCUUCACAUCUGUGGUAGAACACACAUAUGCACUGCCAUCUGUGCCGGCUACACCCAAAGAGAAGGGACACCCGCGACACUUGAUCCCAGAGCUGUGCCGGCAGUUCUAUAAUUUGGGAUGGGUGACGGGGACCGGAGGUGGCAUCAGCAUGAAAUACGGGGAGGAAAUUUAUAUUGCACCGUCUGGUGUCCAGAAGGAAAGGAUACAGCCGGAUGAUCUGUUUGUAUGUGAUAUCGAUGAGAGAGACAUCAGCUUCCCUCCAGUGUACAAGAAUCUUAAGAAGAGUCAGUGCACGCCGCUGUUUAUGAACGCCUACACCUUGAGAGGGGCCGGAGCUGUGAUCCACACUCACUCCAAGUCCGCUGUGCUGGCCACUCUGCUCUUUCCAGGGAAGGAAUUCCGGAUCACACACCAAGAGAUGAUUAAAGGAAUAAAGAAAGGCAACUCUGGAGACUAUUACAGGUAUGAUGACCAUCUGGUGGUCCCCAUCGUGGAGAACACACCAGAAGAGAAAGACCUUAAAGAACGCAUGGCGAAAGCCAUGACAGAUUACCCGGAUUCCUGCGCCGUGCUGGUUCGCCGCCAUGGAGUCUACGUCUGGGGAGACACCUGGGAGAAAGCUAAGACUAUGUGCGAGUGUUACGAUUACCUCUUCGACAUCGCCGUGCAGAUGAAACAGAUCGGACUGGAUCCGGCAGCUCUCCCUGCAGAAGAAAAAGGAAUUGUUUAA